AUGGUUCGAGUAACGAGUGGCUGUGGUACGAAAGCAGAGUCCGAAAAACGAAAAAAGAGCGCGAAACUGGAAAACGAUGGUUUAAGGGCUUCUUUCGGCACGAAGCCACGACAGGGCGAGAGAUGUAUAUUCGUAUUAAAAUCAUUUUCAGGUCGUUGUCGAGUGGACAAAGCAGUGAUGUGGCGAAGAAAAGCAGGAAACGAACAAAGAGCGCAGUGGAAUCGGACAACGAUAAACCAGUUGUUUUGUCUAAAAACCGUCCCACAGAGGACAGGACGAGAGAUGCAUAUUCGUAUUAAAAUCAUUUCCAGGUCGUUGUCGGGUAGAGAAAACAGUGAUGUGGCGAAGAAAAGCAGGAAGCGAACAAAGAGCGCAGUGGAAUCGGACAACGAUAAACCAGCUGUUUUGUCUAAAAACCGUCCCACAGAGUAUGCUGAAACGUCUAUAAAUAAGUCGGCGGUGCGGCCGAAGAAGAUUCGAUUUGAUGAGAAUGGUGAUCCCAUUCCAGUAUUAUCUGACCAGGCAAUAGGCGGCUUUGAGAGGGUUUCAGGAACUGCUUAUGAAAAGGAAGCACUUUUAGAGCUUUGUAAUGGAGAAGGCAGCGAUUCCAGAACUGCUUCUAAAAAGCUGAAACGAAAGAAGAAAAAGAAGGUAGAAGAGAGCCAGAAAACAAAAAGUUUGCCCGAAAAACUGAAUGCAGAGUUUGCUGGAACGUCCACGAAUAUGCGACCGAAGAAGAUACGAUUCGAUGAGUAUGGCAAUCCUAUUCCGGUAAAAAGUGGCCAAGAAGUGAGCAACAAGAUCGUUUCUGGAAAUGAUUAUGUUCCGGGGGCGCUACUAAAAUUUCUUAAUGGGGAAGAAAGCGACUUCAUGGAAGGCAUUAAAAAGGCGAAACGGAAGGAAGACGUGAAAUCAAAAAAGUACCAGUCAGCAGAAGUAUUGUCCAAAAAACUUGCCACAGAGGAUGUUGGUAUUUCUGCUGACGAAAAAGUACUGCAGCCUCAGCUAGAUCGUUCACACGGUAGCAGAGACCCUGCAUCGUUAAAAUCUGAUGAGGGAACGAGCAGUGGGUAA